AUGGGGGACUCCGGAUCAAGACGAUCUACUCUGGUCUCCCGGUUGCCAAUAUUCAGAAGGAGUAUUAGCAGAAAACACGAUUCUCUUCCUUCUUCACCCUCCUCCAGUAAUACGGUCGGUGUCCACAGUUCCUCUCCUUCCAGCACUAACUCAAGCUCAGGUAGUACAGGUAAACGCAGAAGCCUCUUCCGUACACCGUCCAUCAGCUUUCACCAUAAGAAGGGGAGUGAACCUAAGCAAGAACCUACCAACCAGAACCUUAGUAUUUCAAAUGGUGCUCAACCUGGUCAGAGCAGUAUGCAAAAACUGAGUUUGGAAGAACAUACUAAAGCCAGGGGAAGACAUUCUGUUGGUUUUAGCAGUUCCCGAAAUAAGAAGAUAACAAGAUCUUUGACAGAGGAUUUUGAAAGGGAAAAGGAACACUCGGCUAACAAGAAUGUCUUCAUAAAUUGCCUAAGUUCUGGGAAAAGUGAGGGAGAUGAUUCUGGGUUCACAGAAGAACAAACUCGCCGUUCUGUUAAGCAGUCAACAAAGAAGCUUCUUACUAAAUCUUUCUCAUCUCACUAUAAAUUUUCUAAGCCAGUUCCACAGAGCCAAUCUAUUUCACUGGUACAACAAUCUGAAUUCUCAUUGGAAAUUACACAGUACCAAGAACGGGAACCUGUAUUAGUAAGAGGUUCUCCAUCUUGUUCUGUGGAUGUAACAGAACGGGCAGGUAGCUCUUUACAAUCUCCAUUGCUUUCUGCUGAUCUUACUACAGCUCAGACACCUUCAGAGUUCUUAGCCUUGACUGAAGAUUCUGUGUCUGAAGUGGAUGCAUUUCCUAGAAGUGGAAGUGUGGCAUCCCACUGUGACAACCUUGGCCACAAUGAUUCUACCUCUCAGAUUUCUCCCAAUCCUGCUGCUGUUACAAAGACAACAAGAGACCUUAGGGGAACCGUUCCCUGUGCGAUUGUGUCUCCUGGGAAAUACAGAUUAGAAGGUCGAUGCAGCACUGAAUUGAAUUCUUUACCGGAAACCUCUGCUGCUAACCAGAAGGAAGUGUUACUGCAAAUCACUGAACUGCCUGUUAUGAAUGGGAGUGACUCAGAGACUCGCCUCUCAACAGAUACAAGAGAAGAGCAUAUGAUAAUACAAAAUGGUGAAACCAUGUUGGCAACAAGCUCCCCAAGGAAGUUUGGAUUUUAUGAGCACCAUAAAGCAAUAGCUGAACGUGUGAAAGGGAUCCAUCCUAUUUCAGAUUCAAGGAUAAUACCCUCUUCUGGUGAUCAUCAUAUUUUAAACAAAACUUCGUAUGGAUAUGAUGCAAAUCCUGCCAAAGUUCUUGCCAGUAGCCUCAGUCCAUACCGUGAAGGAAGAUUUAUAGAGAGGCGACUGCGAUCCUCAUCAGAAGGAACUGCAGGGAGCAGCAGGAUGAUUUUGAAACCAAAAGAUGGAAAUGUAGAAGAAGUUAAUAGUCUAAGGAAGCAAAGAGCAAGUUCAUCAUCUUCAAAAAUGAACAGCAUGGAUGUUUUGAAUAAUUUGGGCUCUUGUGAACUGGAUGAAGAUGAUCUAAUGCUUGAUUUGGAAUUUUUAGAGGAACAGAAUCUGCAUCCUUCAGUUUGCCGGGAGGAUUCAUACCAUUCUGUGGUUUCAUGUGCUGCUGUAGUUCUCACUCCUGUGGAACCCCCCAUAGAGAUGAAGAAAAGAGAAGAACUCAAAUUGCGUGAACCUUCAAAACAGAACCUUUCCCUGAAAUUAGCAAAAGACAUUGAUCAGGAAGCCAGAUAUUCCCAUAUCAGGGGAGUGCCUAGCAGUCCAUCUGCAGAUUGGCCCCUGCCAAGUGUGGAAGAAAAUGGAGGCAUAGAUUCUCUGCCAUUCAGACUGAUGUUACAGGACUGCACGGCCGUCAAGACAUUAUUAUUAAAGAUGAAGAGAGUUCUUCAAGAGAGUGCAGAUAUGAGCCCAGCAAGUAGCACCACUUCACUUCCAGUUAGUCCUCUUGCUGAAGAGCCUUUGCCUUUCAAGGAUAUAAUGAAAGAUGAAUGCUCAAUGCUGAAGCUGCAGCUGAAAGAGAAGGAUGAACUAAUUUCCCAACUUCAGGAAGAACUGGAAAAAGUUCAGCACUUACAGAAGGCUUUUGCUUCAAGAGUAGAUAAAUCCACACAAACUGAACUUCUAGGCUAUGAUGGUUUGAACUUGAAAAGGUUGGAGUCAGUACAAGGAGGGAGAGAGGCUACAUAUCGAAAUCGAAUUGUGAGCCAAAAUCUCAACACAAGGGACAGAAAAAUAAUGCAUACUCCCACCGAGGACCAUUUUAGAUACCCAGCGGCGGACCAGGCAAGCCCCUACAAAAGCAAGGCCUGCCAACUCCCCAGUUUAUGUCUCAGCAGUCUUUUGAAGGACAAAGAACUAGUUGAAGUUAUCAAACACUCAAGAGGAACUUAUGAAACCCUCACAACAGAAGUCACCCAGAAUUUACGGGCUACUGUAGGGCAGAACUCUAUGAAGCCAGCAGCUAAGACGGAAGGGCUCGCCACGUUCUCAGAGAAACCAAAGGACCAAGCUGCUGCAGCCCGGCAGCAUUCAACCUUUACAGGAAGGUUUGGACAGCCGCCAAGAGGGCCAAUCUCUUUACACAUGUACAGCAGGAAAAAUGUUUUCCUCCAUCACAAUUUACACACAACUGAGCUGCAGACUCUGGGCCAGCAGGACGGGUAA